CGCAGCAAAUAGCAUCCAACAUGGCGGCUGAACCGAGGACUUUGAUGCAAAGCCAGAGCUGGACAGAUGCCCUGCCUCUGUGUCAGAUGUGUGGGGUCGGCACAGCUCCCAACUGUGUGUACAGCCCAGAUGGGAAAGGAACUCAGAGUCACCCCAUUGAGGAUAGACAUCUCAGGCUGAGAGGCGAGGAUGGCUGUUUCCUUUAUGCCGUUUUUAAUGGUUAUGAUGGCAACAGAGUGGCGGACUUUGCAGCCCAGUCUCUCACCGCUGAACUACUACUCGGGCAGCUAAACUCAAGUCACACGGACACUGACGUCCGCCGGAUCCUCAUUAAGGCCUUUGAUGCGGUAGAGAAGAGUUACUUUAAUACGAUAGAUGAUGCUUUGGCUAAGAAAGCACACCUAUCCAACUACGUCCUGCCACACAACGAGAGUCAGAAGGUCCAGGAGCACCUGAAGGAGUUGGAGCAGGAGUCAGGAGGUGCUACGGCUGUGGUGGCACUGAUUCUCAACAAUAAGCUCUACGUCGCCAAUGUUGGUACAAACCGAGUUCUGCUUUGCAAGUCCAGCAGUGAUGGCCAGAACCAGGUUCUUCAGAUCGGGCGGCCACAUUGUACCGACAACGACGAUGAGCUACAAAGACUGGCUGCCCUGGGUGUGGAUCCAGCUCGUAUAAGACAAGCAGGACAAAUAGCUGGACAGACCAGCACCAGGAGGCUGGGAGACUACAGAGUAAAGAUUAACUACAAUGAAAUUGAUCUGCUCAGUGCGGUCAAGGCGAAGCCCAUCAUCGCUGAGCCAGAGAUCCAUGGCACCCACCCUUUGGACAGUGUGACAGGAUUCUUGCUGUUGAUGUCAGAGGGCCUAAUAAAUGCCCUUGAGUCUGCCCACGGCCCAGAACAGGUCAAUCAGGAAAUUGUGGCCAUGGUUGCAGCAGAGCUGGCCCAGCAAACCAGCUUGGAGGCAGUGGCUCAGUCUGUGGUUGAGCGGGUCAAGAGGCUUCACCACGACGUCUUCGUGUCCGGGCGUCAGAGAGCAGCCUACUGCUCUCGACACGAGGACAUGACCCUGCUCAUUCGCACGAUCAAUUACCCGCUGGCGGAUGCAGCUCUGACGCCCACACAAGGUGGUCGUAUCUAUCCAGUUUCAGUACCAUACUCUAACAGCCAGAGCACCAGUAAAACCAGUGUGACACUCUCACUUGUAAUGCCAUGUCAAAGUACCCUGACUAAUGGGACUAACACCGCCUCCACCCAGGAAGAACGCACCCCCACACCAGGCAGCCAGAGCCCCACAGCAACGCUGCAGUCCACCAACACCCAGACACAGAGCUCCAGCUCCAGCUCAGGGGAUGGAAGCCUCUUUCGCCAGAGAGGGAGCCAAGCUCUGCAGCCUGAUGAGACGGGCAGGGUCCCACCCUAUGUGGACUUCAGUCAGUUUUACAGACUGUGGGGAGGGGACAACAGCGACAGCCAGAGCACACAGGGAGGCCUUGGACCCCAAUGAGGAGGAAGGUCUAAAGGCUUUGGCUUCAAGGAGGGACAUGAACAAUAUGGAAAAGUGUAUUUUUAUAGAAUGAUGAACAAUACACUGUUAAUGUACUGCAAAAGAAACUAAUUGUCCUAAAGCAGGUUUGUGAACAUAAUGUGGAGUGACCUGCCUGUGAGGUAUUUUGCAAUGAAACUGUGAGGAAGCGCUGUCGCACCACACCCAGAUUAAUGUUUCCUUUUUCUUUAAAACACAAACGGUCAUGAUUCAAUAACUGUAAUCCAGAUUGUUGAAGUUUUUGUUGAAUGCAAAUCCAUGACCUGGAUGAUGCUGUUCUUUAAGGCCUUAAACUGUAAUGAAUGAAUGCAUUUGAAAGUACUUUUUUAUUUGCUGUCUGAAUAUAUUCUAUAUUCUGAUAAUUUAA